AUGGUGAAAUACCCGUGUCUGGUGGCGGAAAGCAGUGUCAACGGCGGCAGGGCUAACCGCCGGGGAAUGCUCAAGAAUGGUCAUGGCGGUGGCUUCUUGGGCGAUGCCAGUGUUAACCAUGAUGCCAAUUCUGACGGCUGCCAUGAAAGAAACAACCAUCAGAGGAAUGAGGAUGUGGCGAUUACAGGAAGGAAGAGCCCAGAAGACAAAGAAGCAGCCGAGAACGAAAACCACGGCAUUGGCAAUGCCCAAGAUUAUGGCGGGCCAUCUCAAGUUCUUGAUAUUUGA